GCCCUGGAGCUGGGAAGCCCCGGACCGAGACUUCAGGCGCCGAAAGCCGCAGCCCGAAAGCGAGCGAGAGCCAUGAGGAGAUCGCCCUGGGCGCUUCUCCUCUUUCUGCUGCUCACCGCAGGGGACUCUGCGGUCAUCACUGGGGCUUGUGACAGAGAUCUGCAGUGUGGUGGAGGCAUGUGCUGUGCUGUUAGUCUCUGGAUUCGAAGUCUUCGAAUGUGUACACCAAUGGGCAACUUGGGAGAAGAUUGUCAUCCUUUGAGUCAUAAAGUUCCAUUUUUGGGAAAGAGAAUGUAUCACACCUGCCCAUGUUUACCUGACCUGACCUGUGUCUGGAUUUCCCCGAGCAAAUACAAAUGUUUACCAGAUUUCAAAAAUGAAGAUGUCUUUUUUUAGCAAAAACAUUGUGGAUGAUUCUGUGCUAUUUUAUGUAUUAAGAUCCUUAAUUGCUACCGUGAUUAAUUUCUUUUCCGGACAACAUUUUUAAUAUAUUUUCUCAACCAAUAGACUUUAACAUUAUUGAGAUAUUGGCCUGAAUCCAACCACAUUAAGAAAACUUGUGAGUACUUAAGUUUUUUAA